CUCAGAUCUAAAUACCUAGUUCUGACUUUAAUUUUCAAUAGCAUUUGAACAACCAAGAAAGUUGGAUGUAAGAUAAAUAUUAAAAGAAAAGUGUGAACAAGCUUUAAAAACUGAAUAUCGUCGUCAAAUGUAAGGAAUUAAUGUGAAUUUCUACAGUAAAUAAAUUCACCGGUGUUGUUUUGUUCAUAAUUUGUCAAGCGGUCAGAAUUGAGCUCACCUUACUUUGACAAAAAUUUUUGUUUUCAAAACUACCUAAAUAAAAGUUUGAUAAAUCGUGAUUCUUCUAAAGUUUUCUGUAAAUCAAGAGCUUAAAAUAUGGCGGAUCCUCUAAGUCUUCUCCGACAGUAUAAUAUAAACAAAAAAGAAAUCAUCGAGCGUGAUGGACAAAUCAUCUUUGGAGAAUUUUCGUGGCCAAAAAAUGUGAAAACAAAUUAUUUGAAAUAUGGAUCUGGAAAGAAAGGUCUGCCUAAGGAAUAUUACACACUGGAGUGCCUUUUGUAUAUUUUGAAAAAUGUUGGAUUACAGCACUCUGUUUAUGUCCGACAGGCAGCUGCUGAAGAUAUUCCAGCAGUCAAUCGUCCCGAUCGAAAAGACCUCCUUUGUUACUUGAAUGGCGAUACAAUGACUUGUAGCAGCAUUGAUAAAAGUGCUCCUUUGGAAAUUCCCACUCAAGUAAAACGUCCUGCUGAAAGUGAAGGAUAUGAUAAUCUUACAAAGAAAACACGUUUCGAAGACUUACAAGUGCAAAAAGUUAAGGAACAGCUUGCAGCACGUCUUGAUGUCAAUAAGAAAGAAGCUUCUGUUAAUAUUGACAACAUUAAGUCGUUAUCAGAAACGAUGUCUGUGGAAAAGAUUGCAGCUAUCAAAGCAAAACGAUUGGCUAACAAAAGAGUGACUAUCAAGCGGAAUGAUCAUGACGAAGCUGGUGUUGGUGAUUUACGAGGCAUGUUAGAUUUUGAUGUUGAUUCCACCAAAGACAUUAUAAGUCGAGAACGACAAUGGCGCACUAGAACAACGAUUCUACAGAGUACUGGAAAAACAUUUUACAAAAAUAUAUCAGCUUUGCUACAGUCAAUAAAAAUUCGAGAAGAAGGUCGAAGUCGACCACCACAAUUUCAACAAAAACUUCCAGAACCAACAAAAGUUUCUCGUGUUAAUCAACCACAACAAGCCCAGUACAAUCGUUACGAUCAAGAACGCUUUAAUCAACAGAAAGAAGUUACAGAAGAAUUCAAAAUCGACACUAUGGGAACACAUCACGGAAUGCUUCUCAAAUCAGGUCUUAUGAAUGAACAGAAAAAGUCUGCAAUGUCUUCACUACCACCGGGACGUCCCAAAGAAUUAAUUCCAGUAGCUCAAGCUCGUCUUCUUCCUCAGGCUUCAUUAAAUAAGCGACAGUCUCGAACGCCAAUUAUUAUUAUCCCUUCAUCACCAAAUAGUCUCAUAACGAUGUACAAUGCAAAAGAUAUUCUUCAAGAUUUAAAAUUUGUCACACAAGAUGAGAAAAAAGCCGCUGGUGCUCAGCGUGAAAAUGAAGUUUUAUUACAACGAAGAAAAGACGGUAACACAACAGUUCCCUAUCGUAUCGUAGACCAACCUGGAAAACUUACACCACAUGACUGGAGUCGAGUCGUUGCAGUGUUUGUCUUAGGACCACAAUGGCAAUUCAAAGGAUGGCCUUGGGACGGAAAUCCUGUUGAAAUAUUCUCUAAAAUUGCUGCAUUCCAUUUGCGAUUUGACGAAAUGAAAUUGGAUGCCAAUGUUGCCAGAUGGGCAGUAACAGUGUUAAAUAUUUCACGGACUAAGCGGCACUUGGAUAGAGCUUGCUUAAUGACAUUUUGGGAGUCCCUUGAUAAGGUAAAACCAGGUUCUACAAUGGCAUCAUCAUCCCCUACGCCAUCACUAGAUUCAUUGCCAGGUGCUACAUCAAACUCAAAUUCUAUUGAAUCGUUUGGAGAGCCGACAACAUAUUUUAGUGAAUCACCGCUUACGACUCGUUCCGUCACUGGCUCAUCGCCCCCUGAUUCUGGUAUAUGUGAUGAGUUUGGCUUAACGAGAGACGCAAUAAGCAACAUUGAAACUCAAACAAAACCAGUUACGUCUUUCUCAGCAUCCAUUGAUCAGACAGCUACAACAACUGAUAUUAAUUUCAAGCCACGUUGUACCGGCUGUCGAAAUAAAAAAUCUGAUGCAGUUGCGAAGUGCAUCGAUUGUGUUAAUUAUUUGUGCUCUAAUUGUGUAAUAGCUCAUCAGUAUAUGCAUUGUUUCAAUGGUCAUAGUGUCUUCCGUUUUAAUCACUUGACCGAUCCAACAUCAUCAUCAUCAAUAUUAUCAUCAUCGACAACAACAACCAAUACUUUAUUAAAUUCAUCAUAUUCCCCACCAUCUUUUACUUCUUCCACCGAUCAAAAGAUGAAUUCCGCUUUUGAACGAUUAAUGUGUACGACAAACAAGGAUCAAGAAUCAAGUCAAAUUAUCAAAUCAAUGUUAAAUUCUAUAAUCUCACCACCAUCAAUAAAUCAAGAAAGUUCUUCAAAUUCGUCACUGAAUGCAUCACCAUCACUCUCAAUGGCAUUGUCAAAUGCUGAAACAUUAUUAGCGAGCGCUUCUUUAAACAGUAAACCUAACAGAUACUAUUGUGCUAAACACACAACAGAACUGUUGAAAUUUUAUUGUCGCUCAUGCUCAACAGCGAUUUGUAAGGAUUGCAUGAUGGUCGAUCAUCCCAAUGGAUUACAUGAUUGUGAACAUAAUCCCGAUCAGACACCAAAAAUAAUUGAAUCUUUAUUGCAAUUGUUGAAUGAACUUCGCACGAAAGCUCAAGAAAUGAAACAGAUGGUUAAAAGCACUGAGCAUAAUACCACACUUAUUCAAGUACAGUAUCAUAAAGCCCAAACGGAGAUUAAUGAAACUUAUCAAUUUUACCGCUCCAUGUUAGACGAGCGUAAACAAGAGCUUCUCAAAGAAUUGGAUAGUUUCUACAAUGCCAAAACGAUGUCUCAAUCAGUAUUAUUGACAAAGUCUCAAGAUCAAAUUGAAAAAGUUUUUACAUCGUGCGAUUGUGUUGAGAAAUUUGCGAGAACAGUUGGACCUAAUGAGCUUGGCAUGCUUCGACGUAUCAUGGAAACGAAACUACAGACAUUUGUAUCAAGCAUCAAUGAUUUGCAGUCAAUUUAUGAAUUAGAUUUCGUGUCCAAUUAUCAAGCUAUACAAGUUGGGGUAAGAAACACUUUCGGUUAUAUUCGUUCCAAUAAUGAAUCAGUUAUGAGCAAACAACCACCAAUCGCUCGUCCCACAAGCACUUCUUACACAAAUGGAAGCAGCCCGCCAAGUUCAAAUGGAAGCUUAAAUGGAAUGAUUGCUCAAAAUUUGACGCAAAACAUUUUGAGUGGCUGUCAGAAUGGAUUAGGAUCAAUUGAACGUCCAUUCUCAAACGGCGGAAGUUCAAGUAACUCAGCUGCAACAACUUCUUCAUCGCCAAAUCAACUUCAUCCUACAUUUGAUACAGGUUCAAUUUUAAGCAAGAGAUUUACCAGCAUCAAUAGUCUCGGACCAUUCAUUGGAAAUGAGUUAACAAUGAAUCAACAACAACAUUCGAUACAAACAUCUAAUAAUAAUCCCUACGAGAAAUGGAGCAAUGGAAUGCCUGAUAAUGUUUUCUCUAACAUAAAUGAACAAUAUUCAACGAUUAAUCCUUUGAACAGCAAUGGAAUGAACGGAAAUGGAAACGGCAUGAACAACGUUAACAACGCAAUGAUGACAAUCAACAAUUUUUCUUCAGGAAACUCGACCGAUUCAAUGUUGGAUAUAACAAAUAAAUUGAUGUCAACUUCAAUUUUUCCUCCAAAAUCACAAAUAAAGCGUCAAAAGAUGAUUUAUCAUUGCAAGUUUGGGGAAUUUGGUGUCAUGGAAGGUCAGUUCACUGAACCAAGUGGCGUAGCUGUUAACGCACAGAAUGAUAUCAUUGUUGCUGACACAAACAAUCAUCGUAUUCAAAUCUUUGAUAAGGAAGGUCGAUUUAAGUUUCAAUUCGGUGAAUGUGGCAAACGAGAUGGACAAUUAUUGUAUCCUAAUCGUGUUGCUGUUGUUCGAACGUCCGGUGAUAUUAUUGUGACUGAACGUUCGCCAACACAUCAAAUUCAAAUUUACAAUCAAUAUGGUCAAUUUGUACGUAAAUUUGGUGCAAAUAUUUUACAACAUCCACGAGGUGUAACAGUCGACAACAAAGGAAGAAUAAUUGUUGUUGAAUGUAAAGUUAUGCGUGUUAUUAUCUUCGAUCAAAAUGGAAAUGUCUUGCAGAAAUUUGGAUGUAGUAAACAUUUGGAAUUUCCAAAUGGUGUGGUGGUCAAUGAUAAGCAAGAAAUCUUCAUCAGCGAUAAUCGUGCACAUUGUGUUAAAGUAUUCAACUAUGAGGGAACAUUCUUGAGACAAAUUGGAGGAGAAGGAAUCACAAAUUAUCCAAUCGGUGUUGGCAUUAAUGCUAAUGGAGAAAUUUUGAUUGCUGACAAUCAUAAUAAUUUUAAUUUAACAAUUUUCACGCAAGAUGGACAAUUGGUUUCAGCAUUAGAAAGUAAAGUUAAACAUGCUCAAUGUUUCGAUGUUGCGUUGAUGGAUGAUGGGAGUGUCGUUCUUGCAAGUAAAGACUAUCGUUUGUAUAUCUAUCGAUAUGUUCAAGUCCCUCCGAUUGGA